AUGAACUUGUUCGGGCGGAAGUCGGCGGCGCCCGCGCGCACGGGGCCUGUGGCGACGGCCGACACGAUCCGCAAACUCCGUGAGCAACUUGAGUCGCUGGAGAAGCGUGAGCUGCACAUCGUCAAAAAGAUCGCGCUGCAGCUGCAAGAGGCAAAGCAGAAGAGCGCAGCGAAGGACAAGCGCGGCGCUAUCUUCGCACUCAAGCGCAAGAAAAUGUACGAGGCCGAAGUCGAGAAGCUGCAGGGUGCGCGGAUGACGCUAGAGACGCAGGUCAUGACGCUCGAAAGUGCACACGUCAACAUGGAGACGUUUACGGCGCUGCGUUCAGGUGCCGAGCAGAUGAAGUCGAUCCACGGCCAGAUGAACGUAGACAAGGUGGACAAUAUCAUGGACGAUAUCCAGGAGGAGAUGGCGACAGCGGACGAAAUCGGUCGUGCUAUCUCACAACCGCUAGGAUCGCAGCUGUACGAUGACGACGAGCUGGAAGACGAGCUGCGCGAGAUGGAGGAGCUUGAACUCGAGGAGAAGACGCUGGAGCCCGUGGCCGCCACGCCUGCAGAAACAGCGAGAGUUCCAGCCGCGCCCGCUGCAGUUCCAGCUGCUGCAGCAGCAGCCACUGCCCCGUCGGCGCCACCUGCUCCGACGGCUCAGUACAACUUGCCGGACGUGCCUACACACGCGGUCGAGUCCAACAUUAAUGUGGUGGGCAACGCCGAUGAAGACGAGCUCGAAGCGCUGCGAAAACUUGAGGCAUCUAUGGCACUGUAGCACGCGACCGAUAAGAGAACAAAACAGAUUGAAGAGGUUGAGCUCGACUACUGUGACCAGCUCUGCUACUUCAGAUAUGUAUGGCAAUUAAAGGAAGAAAAGUGACAAACGAA